CAAAAACAAAAAACAGCUGUGAUGGAAAAACUUUAUCUCGCCGGUUGAUCGCCAUCUAAUUAAUUCAAGUCAAAGUAAACAUGAAUUUCGUAAUAAAAUGUACAAAAUAUGCAGGAUCAAAACAAAAAGUACGGGCUUUUUCCACCACAGGCUUUAACUACACCUACAGAAGACGGGUAGUAGUGACUGGAAUGGGUGCGGUAACGCCUUUAGGCGGAAAUGUUCAGGAAUCCUGGCAAAAAUUAUUGAAAUGUGAAGCGGCCAUAACAUCAUUAGGUGACCAGUACAAAGGAUUACCGUGUCAAGUAGCGGCACAAAUAAAUAAAGAAAAUUUACCCAUAAAUGAUUUAUUAAGUAAGAGUGACAUUAAACUGAUGAGCCCUGCCACCCAGUUAUCAGUGUUAGCCACUGAGGAAGCAUUGUCAACGGCACAAAUUAUACCGAAAAACCUUAGUAGUGAGGAGUUGGAACGUUUUGGCGUUUGUGUUGGCAUGGGAAUGUUUGAUUUGACUGAAGUCUAUGGAGCUUGGCAACAGUUGCAAAGAGGUUACAAUCGUGUAAGUCCCUUCUUUGUGCCACGGCUCUUGCCAAGCAUGGCUUGUGGUCACAUAAGCAUGAGGCAUGGUUUGAGGGGACCCAAUCACUCAGUAUCGACUGCCUGUGCUACUGGAGCCCAUGCUAUUGGAGAUGCCAUGCGUUUCAUACGUAAUGGUGACGCCGAUAUAAUGUUAGCCGGUAGUGGAGAAUCUUGCAUAGACCCUCUAUCAAUAGCUGGCUUUUGCCGCCUAAGAGCUUUAAGUACUGCCUUCAAUGAUAUGCCGGAGAAAGCUUCUCGGCCAUUUGAUAACAAACGUGAUGGUUUUGUUAUGGGUGAAGGAGCUGCCAUAUUGGUUUUGGAAGAACUAGAACAUGCUCUUAAACGUAAUGCACCCAUAUUGGCUGAAGUACUUGGCUAUGGUCUAUCUGGUGAUGCAUAUCACAUAACUUCACCAAGUGAAGACGGAACGGGAGCCACAUUGGCUAUGCAAAGAGCCAUAAAUGAUGCCCAAGUCUUACCAGGAGACAUAAGUUAUGUUAAUGCUCAUGCGACCUCUACUCCUACCGGAGAUCGCAUAGAAGCGCAUGCCAUUAAACGUGUGUUCGGUGAGCACACCUCAAAUAUAAGAGUCUCAUCAACUAAAGGUGCUCAUGGCCAUUUAUUGGGUUCAUCGGGUAAUUUGGAGGCUACUUUUCUUAUACAGGGCUGCUAUGAAAACAAAUUACCACCUUCUAUCAAUAUUGAUAAGCUUGAUGAGAAGAUUGGAGUACGCAUUAUUACUGCACCCGAGGUCUGGAGCGAAGACGCAAAUAAAAGACGUAUUGCCCUUAAGAAUUCUUUUGGUUUCGGUGGUACCAAUGCUUCACUAUGCAUUGCCAGUUUUGUUCUUUAAAAUAUCAACUCUUGCAUUUCUUUUGAAUUUCUUACAAGUAAAUUAUUGUUAAGUUUGUAAAAAUCGCAUUUUUAGUUAAUUAGUACAUAAUAAAUUGGAUAUAUAUUAUA